UGUGUAUGUGAGUGUUGCUCGGAAGCCUACACUGAAUGAAGGGUCAUUGUUAGCAAAGGACUAUUGUACUUUUGUUUCUGUUAGUCCCUAGCAACCCAUCCUCUGCUGUGCUGUGCAUUCCAAUGUGAAUUUAGCAGGAGGCAGGUAGAACUGCAGAUUUUCACAAUUCACAUUCCAAGCUGUGCCAAUGGCUGAGUCUGCACCAUCUCCGAGGAAAGUCAGUUCAUGGCAUUUGAGUCGUUUUGCCCCUUCCCCAUCUCUUGCUGAACUUCAGAUGAAAGAGAAGAGGUUUGUUCUGGAUUGUGUGGCUGUUACAAGUAUUGCUAAAGACUACAGCGUCUCUUUACCAAAACUGGGCUCUAUUAUCCCCCCUUACAAUGCACAGAAGGACAGGCAUGUACGUGACUAUUUCCUGACCAGGCCUGUGCCACCUUUACUGAAGAAAACUGGGCAGUAUAAGGGAGGCACAUCAACCUAUGGGGAACUGGCUGACCGAUUCCAGUACAAGGGUGCCGCUGCUUUCUACCUACUGAGCCGAAAUAAUAGCGGGUCAGGUCACUCGGCAGAACACAGCAGCGGUCACGGCCAGUUCUUGUCCUCCGUCAAACCUGUGAUCGGCUACAAUGGACUCUACGGGUACAGAAGGAACACCCCGUCUCUCCGCAGAACGCCCUCAGCGUUUGGCAUUGUGACCAAGUCAGCUAUUUACUAAAUAAAGAUACAACGGGCCGUCUUUUCAAGAAGCCUUUCAGCUCGACGAGUGUGACAUGUUCUCUUUAUGUUGGCAGAACAGACAGCGCUCUGCGUUUUAUAAUGUUGUGAAAUAAUC